AUGACCAUUUCAAAUAAAUUUGGAUGUCUUCCAAUUAUUCAUCCAAGUGUACUAUUACUUAUUCCUCUAGUGUUAUUAAAUACAACUAGCGCCAGUUUGCAAAUUAUACCACAUUUUACCAGCCUACCUCCAUCUAUCUCACAAUUUGUGUAUCCAUCAACCGAUGGUACCAGUUUCCCACCACUUGAACUUGUAUGUCGAGCAUGGCCACCUAAUUCUAAGCUGCAUAUUUUAGCCCAACAAUUGACAUCACCAGGAUUCACUGAUCAUACAUUUGGUGCAAAUCCAGUUGUUUCCACUUCAUUAAUUGCUGUCAAUCCUAGUCAUCAUAUUAAUAAUAAUAAUAAUAAUAACAAUAAUAAUAAUAAUGGAUUAAUGCAACUACCUUAUGGUCUUGGCAGUCAACGAUAUGCUAUUUUAUCCGCUACACAAAUCACUAAUUCUUAUCAUCCAAAUUUAGAUGGUACUAUUUCUGGUAAUAGUGGAUAUCAGUCAGUUAAUCCACUGAUUAUUCAUGAAACUUUAACUGAUGCAAUUCGUGACAAUCCUGCAGCUGGAUCUCAUGAUGAAGUUGCUAUUCGUCUUAUAGUUUCUAGUCAAUCAGAAUUAAGUCAAAUGGAAUUAAUACGGUUACGUUGUUUAGCUACUACUUCUUUUGGUCGUAAAUUAAGUGCACCAUUCCGUGUGCUUCCUGCUAGUUUGGGUUCAUUCCCAACUCCUAGAAGUGGUGGAACAUCUUCAUCUCAUACUGAAAAUGUCGAGUUUCUGCGAGGGAAUAUUGCUAUUGUUGACUGUUAUUUACCAACUAAUAGUUUUCCUAAACCAAUAAUUGAAUUUGAAUUAAACAACACCGUUAUUGAUCUUACAGCUUCACAAAGUGAAAAAUACCGACAAAUCAUCCGUCCAGAUGGGAAAAGGAUUAGUUUAUUAAUACAAAAUUUUCAACCACGUGAUUGUGGUAUCUAUCGUUGUGUAGCAAUCAAUCCAUUAACUAGAGAAAAGAAAUAUUCACCGGAUGCAGUAAAUUUAAAAAUUAUCAUCCCCGAUGUUCCUGUUGCCGGAAAAAUUCGUGUCCCUAUGGCGUCGGAAUCCAUAGAUCCUCGGAAUUCAGCAGCAUCCCAAGAAAUAGUCGUUCGAGAAGGUCAAAAUGUGACAUUGUUUUGUAUUAUUCAAAGUGCUCCACCUCCUAUUGUCACUACUUAUCCAUUUGAACAAAAUUCCACUGCACAUAAUCGUUUCCAUCGACAUAAUUUAUUUGGAUUAUUAGAGAUAAUAAAUGUACACCCUAGCGAUGCUGGUAUCUAUAUUUGUACAAAUCGUCAAUUAAGUUCCACUGCUCAACUACGUGUUCGAAAACGUUUACGUCUAACAACAAAACCUCAAGAUGUACUAAUCAAUCAUUUCGGUGAAAAUGUCCAUUUCAAAUGUACCAGUUCAAAUGAACAAGUUAUACCAUAUUGGUUAUUUAAUGGACAACCAAAAAUUACAGGAAUUGGAAAAAACAAUACACUAACGAUUACUAAUGUUACUGUACAGGAUAUAGGAGUUUAUCAAUGUAUUGCACAUCGAUGGGAUCCCGAUCCAGACCAAGAAGAAUGGGUAUCAGCAUCAGCUGUACUAGCAAUGAGUUCUGAUAAACUUAUUCGUACACCUCAAGAGUUAGCUUUAUUACUGCCAACAUCGAAACAGGCAAUCAUGGAGGUGAAACCACCAGAAAUAAUCACUGAUAGUUUAACACCUAUUGCUGAACCAGUUUAUGAUAAUUUAGCGGUAUAUAUUACAUGGAAAGCAUAUACUAUCACUAAUCCUAAUAAAUUGGAAACACAAACUCAUCAUGAUGGUGAUAAUGAUGUUAUCGGUAGUGAUAAUAGUAAUAAUAAUAAUAAUAAUAAUGCUGAAAAUAACGCAGCACAAAUUGCUUACCAUGUUGAAUAUUCCAUGCAAAUAAGUCCUGUUGAAAGACAAUAUUAUAUCAAUUCUAAUCUAAAUAACGAUGUUACUGACAAUACCAACCAUAAUAAUGGUAGUAGUAGUAGUAGCAGUAAUAAUCAUAGUAAUAAUAAGCCAUCUUCUGACUUAUCUGAUUUGCCUGCUUUAAUUGGAUUAAUUGGUCAUGAAGCUAUCUUGUGGAGUGAUCCAACUGCACUUAAUCAACAAUUUUCAUCGGCAUAUGCUUAUGCAACUGGUGAUCCGUUACAACCAGGCAGACGUUAUCGUUUUCGUGUCAUUGCUUUGGACCCAUCUACUGGACUACAUUUAGUCCCACCAUCCGGUUGGUCAAAUAUAGUUAGUAUGGAGCAUAUUAGUCAGGUGGAUCCACCACAAAUCAAAGUGGUCCGACCUAUGUCGGAAGGUCGAGUUCAUGUAGUAUGGAUGUUCAAUGGUGUUGGUGAUGUUCCUUCAAAUCCUAAUGAUUUAAGUAUUUUAUCCAAAUCAUCAAGCUCUUCAACUCAAAAUAAUAAUAAUAUUGGUUCAUCACAAAAAGAUAAAUCAUUAGAAAUUACUUCUAAUUCUCUAACUACUUUCGGUGAUACAACACCAUUAUUUCUUAAAGAUUCAAAUAAUGAACAAUUUAUCGCUGAUCAUUUUCUUAUACUUGCACGACCUGUAAUUAAACCAAAACGUGGUUCUGGUGGUACUAUUGAAUAUGGUGCUUAUUGGGCUACACAAGUGAAUGGUUCUAAUGCUAGAGAUGGUUUAUUGACAGGUUUGAAUAAUACUGCAAAUUAUCAAAUUAUAGUUUAUGGAGUUAAAGGAACUGGUGAUAACCGACAAAUUACACGUUUCUCUAAAGCAGUUUAUGUAAAUAUGGCUUCAACUGAUUACACUGGUCGUUACAGUUUACUGGAUACUUUAAAUAAUAAUCGUUUAUUAUACAUAAUCUUGGGUGGUAUAGCUGGUGUAAUGUUUCUAGUCAUGUUCAUACUGAUCCUGUUGUGUCUUUGUCGUCAACAUCAAGAUCGUCGUACACAUAGUCAACGUAAAAAACAAAAUGGUUAUGUACACGGGUAUAAAGAUUCACCGGAUUUUCAUCAUACUAUUGAUGGAAUAAAUAAUCCCCAAUUAUCGCAUGGUAAUAUGAUAUCAACUAAUCAAAAUAAUAAUAAUAAUAUGAACUCAAAUAAUAAUCCUUCUGGUGCUCUCACCACUAACAAUAAUACUACUCUUCCUCAUAGUAGUAGCACACAUGAUCAACAAAUUAUGCCAUCGGGAACAAUGAUGAUGAUGAUGGGUAAUUUACAAUGUAGUGGUCUAUCGGAACAUUCAACAUCAAAUAAUAAUCCUGUCCAAAAUGAAUUACAGCAUCAAAUGUACAUGCAACAACAACAACAUCACCACCAAUCUGAUCAAUAUAAUUCCACUUUAGGAAUAUCUAAAGAGGCAGCGUAUCAACAACGUCAAGCUAUUUUAGGUUCACAAUUACACUUACAACAACAACCAUCGUCAUAUAUAACAAAUCAGCCAUCGUUAUCACAUCAUCAAUCACAUCAUUCUUUAUUACUUCCGUCUGUUGGUGGUGGUACUGGUAAUUCGAAUUAUCAUGUACUUUCUGGACAAAACAGUACUAAUAAUAGUAGUAUGCUUUCACCGACGAUGUUUCAUAGUGGUACUUUACCAGGUGGUGGACCACGUUAUUUACGACAACAAUCAUGUAAUUCACAUUAUUUUGGUAGUCAACAACCAUUAGAUAGAAAUAUGGUUAGUCCAUCAAAUGCAAUGGAAAUGACUGAGUUAUAUCAUCAACAAUAUCAGAAUGGUUAUGCUUAUCAACAACCACAACUACCGCCGAUUCCACAUCCACAAUCAUCGUCGGGUCUACCACCCCCGUAUCCAGCACCACUGAGUAACAAUGGGACUAUAAAUCGUCAAAUGGUGUUAAAUCAACAGCAAAAUUUUUAUCCUGCUUCAGUGACACCUGGCGGUGGGGCUUCGUUAAAACGUGAACCUCCAACUGGUGGCGGUGGGGUCAAUGCUGGUGCACUACAGGAUGGAUCUGGUUAUGGAACAUUAGUCCAACGUGGUGGUGGUCCAUUAACUGCUUCCAUGAUGACUGACCCAUCAAUGGGUAGCGGCGUUAAUGGUGUCCCAAUGAAUGCUGUUUAUUAUCGUGGCAGUCAACAGGCAUUACAUAUGUAUCCUAACGGAAUGAGUACUCCUCAAUCUCAACAUCAACAACAACACCAUCAGGGUAGUGUAUAUCAAUCAAAUCAACAACAGGCAUUCUAUAUGCAACAACAAAUGCAACAUGCUCAAAUGUAUCCAGGUUAUUUUAGUCCGCAGCCUCAGUCACAUUUCGAUUCUAUGGGACAUAUGCAUCAUAAUUUCAAUCAUACUGACGGCGAGUCGGUCUAUUCAUAUUUUAGCCAACAGGAUAUGAAUCAACCUGGUCCACAUCAACAUUUAAACCCAUUACCUGAAGAAAAUCAACUAAAUCAAUGUGAAAAUGGUCCCGGUUACGUGGACUCUAGUAUUCAAACAGCUGAUAUGAAUGACGGUGGUGACGGCACAACAGCAACGGCGGCAGUAGGUACGACUACAGAUCCCGGUGGCGGCGGUAGUCCAGUUGCCGGUGGUGGUAGUCAUCGCCAUCAUCGUCGAAGGAGGCGUAAACAGUCACAACAACAACAAUCUCAGUCAUUAUCACAACAACCUGCAGAUAUGUCGGAUACAUCAAGAAAUGUUGGUGUCGAUGAUCCUGCUACCGGUGGUGGCGGUGGGAUGAUGAUGAUGGACCGUUUACAAAAUCAAGCACAAUCAGUUCGUGGUUCACAAAUGGAUUUAGGUGUAAUACAGAAACGACAACAUACUCUAUCUCCUGGACCGUAUCCUGAUACAGAUCCAAUGAUGAUGAAUGGUCAAUCUAAUAUGCCACCUGGUCAUCAUUCUUAUCCACAUCCAAAUGGAUCGAUGGAACCAUCAUCUAUGUCAAGAUAUAUUCGUUAUGAUUCACCGCAACGUGCUCCAUCCGUACUAGGUCAAUUACCACCCCCUAAUCAACCUCCGCCGCCACCACCUCCCCCGGCUGUAGCAGCUAUAGCAUUCGCUGCCCAGAUGAAUAGCUCAGAUCAUAGUCGACACAACUCAAUGACUUAUCAACAACAUCAUCAUUUUAAUCCAGAUUCUCUUUCGCGUCAUAUGGGCGGUGGCAAUGGAGUUGGUGCUGCUACCGGUGGCAGUUCCGGAGUUUAUCAUCCAUCUGGUUCUGGUACUACCGGUCUACUAGUUGGUCCACCACCUCGUAUACGUGACUAUUCAGAAUAUGGUAUUCCACGGGGUAUUGGUCUACCGCCGACACCAGCUGCUUCGGGAGGUGGUGGACAACCGCAACCACCACAGCACAAUGUCCUAAUGUCACCCGGUGGCAUUAAUAAUAAUACUAAUCAUGGAAGCGUGUAUUAUGACGGUCAUUAUCGUGAAGGUCAAGCAUAAAUUCAUUUCUUUUGUAGACCUAUUAUUGAUGAUUCUGCUUGUUCAUUAGUUUUCCUGUGGAAAAUAACAGCUUCUGUAUUAUAAUACACAAUCAUAAUUCAUUGAUCUACAUCAUAUUGCUUUUCCAAUCAUUGAUUAGUAUGAUUAUCAUUCGAAUUUUAUUCUGCAUCAUAAUGUAUUGUCAUUUAUCUUCACUGUUGUUUUUCUAAUCGAGUUAAUGACGUUGAUUCGUUUAACCAGCAUUUCUUUUUGUUUAUUUACUUUUUUCUCUCUCCUCCCGCUUGAUACGCUUUUGUAAUGUGUUUAUCCUUUAAACAAUUUAAUCUCUGUCCAUAUCAUGAUCAAUCAGUUAUACGGUAUACAUACACACAUAUAUUUGUAAUUGUCACCAUACAUGUGUGUAUUUUAUAUGUGAAUAAGUUAUGUAAGAAAGUCCACACUUAUUACUAUGUGUUUCGUCUUAAUCUUUCUCAAUUAUUGUGGAAUAAUGUUUCUCUUUACAUAUACACAUGGCUAGCUUAUCGGCUUAUUCUCUCUCUUUCUUGCCUUUGAUCAUCUCAUGUGUGUGUUUUAACUACGAAAAACACAAAUCAAUCGCAUAUUACAAUGAUUUUAUCAUUAUGUUAUGUUUCUAUUCAUAAUCUCAUUUAUAUUCAGCGGGUCCAUCAAUUUGUUUGUUUCAUUAUUGAGUAGUUACCCACUUUUUCUGAAUACCCUUUUUGAAAUCUAUGUGAUUAUUUUCCCCCUAAUUAUUCGAGUUUAAUUUAUGCGCCUUUUCUUUUUCUAUAUUCAAAAGGAAUUUCAUCCAUACACAAACACUCUGAUUAGGAUGUAUGAGUAGUAUAACAAUAUUGCUACUACUAGUAGUAGUAGUAGUAUUAAUCGAAAUCAACAUCUUAUUUGCAUCGUAUUGUACAGGUAUUAUUUAUUUCUUUUCCAACUAUAUCACCUUUUCAAGCUUAUUUCAUACGUUUUUAUUAUAUAAUUAGCAUGUUCUGUGUGUAUUCUACCAUGUCUCCUACUCUAAACCUUUUCACAUCUCUACAUACCACUACCUAUUAUUACUACUACUAUGUACUACUAAUAGUAGUAUUAAAAAUUACCAUAACAUUUUAAUUAUUGUAGACCAAUUAUGCAUGUAUAUUAUUGAUUCAUUGUGUUGUUUUUUUCUGUCCCAUAUAUAUGUACUUCAAUCAUAUGUAUUGUGUUUUCUUUUUUGCCGGUUAUCAUAGACUAUUUUAUCUUAUACCCCCUCUCUCCCUCUGUUACCAAGUAAACAUUUACUGUCCACACACGACAUGGCUACUUACUAAUCAUCAGUUCAUUAAUUAUUAUUAUUCUAUUAUGUAAUUACUAUUGUUUUGUAGAUAUGUACAGUAAUAGUAUGUAUAUAUAUAUAUAUAUGUGUGUGUAUGUGUGCUUGCCUAUAUAUAUAUUUAUGUAUGUGUUUCACUACUCUAUGUGUAUGAUAAUAAGACCUAUAUUUGCUUACUAAUAUUGAUAUACCAUACUCUAUGACUUAUUCUUCAUGAAUGAAUUGCCUUAAUUGUCCUUUUUUUCAUAGACAAAAUUAUUUUACUUACCAGUAUCUAGGUUCCUUUUUUUAUUAUAUAAUCACUCCUUUAAAGAAGUCAUUGCAUACACAAACAUACAUCAAGUCAAAUAUUUUGAUCAAAUCUGUUUGUUGCCUUUCUUAUAUUCCUGCUUUUUGUUUUUGAUCAUUAUUUCAUAUAGAAAGAAAAAGAACACCAAAACACUAUCAUCCCGGUUUUAUUAACCCUUAUUGACUUUGUUUAUAUUUACGUAAGUGUAUGUAUGCGUGCGCGCAUGUAUUCUUAUUUCAUUCAUUGCUUUUUACAUAAUACAUUAGUAAGUAAGUAGUUGGGUAAACCAUUUUGCAUUAACCUUAUAGUUUACUCUCCACAUGACAAUGUUGUUAUAAUGAUGAGAAGAGAAAAGAAAAUUCACAACCACCCCCCCCCCGUUUUUUUAGAGAAUUUUUUUUCCUUUUCUCUUUCAGUUGUUUUAAAUACCAUUCAUGCUUUGCGCAUAGUUUGAAUAGUUGUCUUCUCUUGUUGGUUCCGUUUUUUUUUCUUCUGUCCACAAGUCAUUAACGAAUUAGUUAUAAAGGUUUUUUGUUUAUAUAUACAUAUUUAUUGAAAUGUAAUUAUUGUAUGCAUUCACCCUUUCAUACUCUUUGGAUCCAUUCUGCUGUAUGUCAGUUAUUUUAAUGGUGAAAAAAAAACAUAUUCUUAAGUCAUGUAUCCAUAUACUUGUAUUGUCGUACGUUCCACGUCUACUACUACUACUUACAAUAAUAUUGAUAAUCAUGAUUGUGUAUUAAGUGUGUGCAGAUUGAAAGUGAGAAAAUUGCUUUCCGAAGUGAUAUUAUACAUCUUUAUUGUUACGAAAGGACUAUUUUGCAAUUUUUUUUAUGCCGUCCACUUUUCUGUUUAGUUUAAAUGAUAGUUUUUAAUCAAUCAAUAUGAUGUCAUUUGUUUAAGAUGAAUAUUUGUUUUUAGUAUUUAUUUGUGUAAACAUAUAAAUAUUGGUAUAACGAGGCACCAAGUAUAUAUGCACCACACAAAGCAUACGAUUUAUGUGGGGAAUGGAAUACUGCCUGGGUGCCCAAACCGAAACAGGGUGGUUUUUUUAGGGGGCCACUUCACGAGCCUUUGACCUAAAGGUAUAAUCCACAUAACAGUAGAACAACGUUAGGUGAUGCAGCCUCAUGGUUGUUCGUAACCAACGAUGGAUUCAUACGCCAUUUAUCCCCUUAGGAUUCUGGAGCCAAUGUACAGUAUUGGUUUAGAAUCAGGUCCUUCCAAUUCCCGUCCAUAUCCACCAACCUGAUUUGUGUGUAGAACAUUCACUUUUCGUUUUCUCAAUUUAGUAAGUAUAAUAUCAGUACUGGUGCAAAGGAUGUUGAUAUUCGCAUGUAUAUAUAUAUAUAUAUAUA